AUGUCGCCUACCAAAGAGCAGGAGUCGAUCAAGACCCCUGGGAAUGACCACGGCCAUGAAGUCCCCAGCUCAGCCGCCGAGGCCGUCAGGGAUAUCACGUCGCCUGGUGUGCAGCGCAUCAAGGCCAUGUCCGAGGUCAUCACCUUUACAGACCGCAUCUUCAUCUUCUUUGGCGUCUUUUUAAUCGCUUAUGCCUACGGUCUUGACGGAACUGUUCGCUAUGCUUAUCAGCCCUCGGCGCUGAACGAGUUCAAGGAGCAUUCGCUGCAGUCGUCGGUCAAUACCCUCCGUGCGGUUAUUGCGGCUGCUGCUCAGCCCACGGCGGGUAAGAUCGCUGAUGUCUUUGGUCGUGUCGAACUUAUUUGCAUUUCGGUGUUUUUCUACACCAUCGGUACCGUCAUUGAGGCUGCGUCGCAGAACCUCGAUACCUACUCCGCUGGUGCGGUCAUCUACCAGAUCGGCUACACCAUGAUCCUGCUUCUCGUUGAGGUCAUCAUCGGAGAUAUCACCUCGGUCCGAUCGCGUCUGUUCUUCAGUUACAUCCCCGCUCUGCCCUUCAUCAUCAACACGUGGGUCAGCGGCGAUGUCACAGAAGCUGUACUGGCUGCUACCACUUGGCGAUGGGGAAUCGGCAUGUGGUGCAUCAUCUACCCCGUCUGCGCCCUGCCUCUCAUCAUCAGCCUCCUUGUUGUUGGUCGCCGCGCCAAGAAGCAAGGCCAUCUCGUUGGAUACCGAUCUUCGUUCCAGCAGCUUGGUCUCAAGAGUUUCACCGUUGAGCUCUUCUGGCUGCUCGACAUCAUCGGUGUCAUUCUCUUGAUCGCCGUCUUUGCUCUGCUUCUCGUCCCUUUGACCAUUGCCGGUGGUUUCGAGAGCAAGUGGUCCUCGCCCCAGGUCAUUGCUCCUCUUGUCGUCGGCUUCGUCUGCAUCCCCGUGUUCGUCGUCUGGGAACUCCGAGCUCCUCACCCCUUGGUUCCCUUCCACCACAUGAAGGACCGCUCCGUCUGGGCCCCCAUGGGUAUCGCGUGCAUGCUCAACUUCGCCUGGACAAUGCAGGGCGAUUACCUCUACACCGUCCUCCAGGUGUCCUUCAACUUCAGCAUCAAGGCUUCCACCAGAGUGCAGUCCCUUUACUCCUUCGCCAGUGUCAUCACCGGCACGAUCCUCGGCCUCAUCGUCUACAAGGUCCGCCGCUUCAAGGUUUUCAUCGUCGCCGGCACAUGCCUCUUCCUCGUCGCCUUCGGUCUGCUCAUCCGCUACCGCGGCGACCCCAGCAACUCCAACCAGUCCGGUGUCAUCGGCGCCCAGAUCCUCCUCGGUAUCGCGGGUGGUAUGUUCCCGUACCCCGCGCAGGCUUCCCUCCAGGCCUAUGUCACCCACGAGAGACUCGCCGUCAUGACCGGUCUGUACCUCGCUCUGUACCAGGUGGGCUCGGCCUUUGGCAACGCCGUCUCCGGCGCCAUCUGGACCCAGGUCCUCCCCGUGCGUCUCGCGCAAAGCUUCUCGGGCUUCGGGAACGACACCCUUGCCGUGUACACCUACUCGCAGCCUCUUUCCGCCAUCCUUGACUUCCCCGUUGGAUCCUCGGAGCGCGAUGCCAUGAUCGACGCCUACAAGCACGUGCAGCGCCUGCUUACCAUCACCGGUAUCUGCCUGUGUAUCCCUCUUAUCGCUUUCUCUCUGUGCUUGCGUAACCCCAAGCUCACUGACCAGCAGAACUUGGUGGAGAACGAGAAGCCCGGCGAGGCUCCCGAGCGAAGUGCUAGUGCUUAA